UGACAUUGUAAACGUCUUAUGAUAUUAAUAUUUAAUGUAUAAUUACAUACUCUAGUUACACGCUAAUCAUCCCAAUCCGCGUUAAUAGCAGCUUUCGUUACAUGCACAGGCUCAAAACGAUACUACUUUUUGUAGUUAAAGGUUAUGUCAACGGGCUGUGUUUGUACACACUUUAUUGGAGAAAAUGAGACCUAGAUCUUGUGGGCGUUUUCGCCGGCCCUCUAAGCACGAGUGUGAAACUUAUCUACCAAUACCAAUCCAUAGGGCGGAGGAAUCUAUAGCAGUGGGGGCUGACCGCGUGACGCAGCUGGUUGCUAGGUGUGGGUGACCUGAUGCAUUGACUCAAUUAGCCGAUUCUCAGUCAUCAACUCCAUCACAACAAAGCAAGACCAACAGCACUUCAGUCCUAGACACUCCGAAGGAGACAUGGCUUUUUAAUUCAGUUGAUUCGUCGAUCCUUAAGAAACGCUGUGCUUUGCUCUUGCAACGCACUCCAAACCCAAAACAUUUAAGCAAGAAUGGAGUUUCAUAAUGCACACCAAGCCCUGUUUUCUGUGGCUCAACUCUCGAACUUCACUGUUGUGCACUCUAAGCUCGGACAUUUGAAUCGUAGGAUCAACGGACAGGAUGAUGACAAUGUCAGCACCCAUUUGGAAGACUCUACUCGUCUGCCCGGCAGACCCCCUCACUCUCUCUCACCCACAGGCUAACCACAGCCAAUCGGAGGGGCGCAGAGGGGAGGGGCCAGAGGAGAGCCAGCACUUAAUUGGUGAUGGUCUUAGUGACUGGAUGACGGAAGAAGUAGAUUUCUCCUCGUACCUCCCAACCUCUCACGCCUCUCCCUCCCCCAAUGCAUCCCUUCCCCCCUCGCCCCUCCAGCAUGACAUCCAGGUGCCCUCAGAUUUGGAGGUCAUGACCUCUCUGCUGCAAGAGGAGCUUGCUCAGCUGGAGGACUACUUCCUGUCUGACCCACUCCCAGAGAAAGCCUCCAAACUGGGCAAAUGCGAUAAGGAUCCAGCGCCAGUUGGUCCACCAUCGUACUACCAGUUGCCGUACACAUCAUAUUCUACUUCCAACCAAUCAGAAUCCAGCCCUCUACUUGUUACCCUGGCAACUGGGGAACUUGACUUGCUGAGCUUUUGUGGGGGACCCAUUGGCCGCUCCAAGAUUCCUAGACAUGCCCCCUACAGUUGCAGCCGACCCAACACCAACGUCUGCACCCGCAAGCGAGUUUCCGAUGUCGCGAGGGUGGGCGACACCUUCGAGGGUAGCAUCUGGAGUUCCAAAGGAAAUUCCUCAGGUAACACAGCUGUUGCAACUGGUGGUAGCUACAGCUGUGCAGAAGAUGAAAGGGUGGUUGGCAAAGGCUACUGCCUGGGCAGCGCGGUGGAGAUUCGAAGGUGUUCCAUUUUACCCAAAGAGGAGAGGAACUGCCGCUACACAGAAGAGGCCAUUGGCCCGAGUAAGGUUGUCAGCGGAGGGUACAGUUUCAGUGGACCCAUUCAAGUUCCCAACAAGAAAGACGAAAUGAUGAUGUAUGGAGUCAGAGAAGUCAAUUUAAAUGGCAUUUCAGGAAGCACAGAAAUGGAGAUGAUGAGUGAUGCAAAGACCAUUGCAAGUGAUGUGAAGGCCAGCAUGCCCUGGAAGACGGAACCCAAUGAAAGCUGUUUCCUCCAAAGCACACCCCAAGAAGAAGCCUACCACAGCUUUCUGGGGGCCAUCAGUGAACCGGGUAAACCGGAAAGCACAGAGCUUCAUCGUCAACAUAACAACUUUCAAUGUGGAUUUCUUGAAGGCCAAGGCCCUGACUGCUUAAGUCCUGACCACCACGAGUCUGAAAUGGGCUCCCCGUGUUCCAGAGGAGUUGACCCCUGCAAUGUGAAACCAGAGCUUGAGGUGCCACUUAUCGAAGGACCCCGCGGUGAACGCAAACAGAAGAAGAGAGAUCAGAACAAGACGGCAGCUCACAGAUAUCGUCAAAGGAAGCGAGCAGAGUUGGACUCACUGGAAGAACAGCUUCAUGGUCUGGAGGGCAGAAACCGCGAGCUACGAGACAAGGCAGAAUCAGUGGAACGAGAGAUCCAAUAUGUGAAAGACCUCCUGAUUGAGGUGUACAAGGCCCGCAGCCAACGCCUUAAACAGGAAGCCAGCGGCUGACCAAAAGCUUGACCACCUGACAAUGGUCCUACAAGUAGAAUUGUUAGCAGUCUGCAAGGCAAUGAAAUUUGAGUUGGAAUGUUUUCGGACUGAAUGUGUUCUUUCUUAGAAUGUGUUGGUGGAGGUUGUACUAUUGCACGCUAUUCAAUCAUAAAAUUUUCGUUAGAAACUGACAAAGUGCACAGCUGCAGCACAGACAUCCGCUUAAAAAAAACAGCUCCAGAUCGGUCAAUAUGCACUGUGAUUAGGUCUCGACUGCAAUGACAGCCGUCUGUUUAUUAUGUGUCUAAACGGGUCAUCUUCUUGUUUCCAUAAAUGAGCUUUAACAACAGAGCGUUCAGGAACGACAUAUAUUAACACCGGAUUAUCAUUUAUUUAGUAAAGGCUGCAAGGGAAUAUCACAAGUUUAGCAUAUGACCUCCACUUAUCUUAAUUUAUUGUUUUAUUUAUUUCUAAUGAUUAUUUAUAAUUUAUUGUACAUUAAAAUUAAUAAAGUACAAUAUUUGUA